UGUGAAAUUGUUGCGUGGUCGUAUUUUCUGUCAGAACCCACUAGAAGGACUGUACGGGUUUGUUAGUUACGCAGAGCCGUUGUCUUAUGAAAAAUAUCGCUUGAUAAGAACAUAGUAUCUUCAUAAAACAUCGCGAGUUCCGCUAUUUUGCUGUUGUUCUACAGCCCUUCACCAGACGAAGACCACAGAACACCAGUUCACUGCCUCAACAACAAGAAGGGAUGUUUAAGAAAGCGACAAAGAAGCUGGUCCAACAGACUGAUCCUCAUGGUGCUCUGAUUGCGGCUUCCAGUUUGAAUGAUUCAAAAAAACUCCAGCCGCUUAUGGUGGUGCUGAAAAGCCAAAAAGUUUGGUUCUGGCAGCGAACUAAGUACAGACCUACAUCCUUCACUCUUCAACACCUGCUGCUGGGGAAUGCAAUACAACCAGUGCUUGAGGAGACAGACUUUGUGAAAUAUCAGGAAACAUACACUGACUGUGUGAGUGGAUCUGCGAAGGUGGGUGGUGGUGGUGUCGCCAUGACUGCUACUGGACAGGGCACAAUUCAACUCUCCUUAUCUCGUGCAUCACUUCGCAAGGAGGAUGUAAAUAUUCAAAGACUUCUGAUGGAUUCCAGAGGCAGGAAGGUGGACCUCUGUCACCCUUUGAUUCAGCAGUCAAUGAAAAGGAAUAUGGGUUUCACCCUGCUUAAAGAGCGAAUCUUUACCACCUGUGAAUGCACAAUCUCCUGUACUGAACUGGAGCAGGGCAGCUGUCUUGGGAUUUUUGGAACAAGUUUUGCAGAGAUGUCCAUGGAAGGGAGUGGUAAUCUCAAAUCUACGAUUGCCAUAGAGAUCCCACCAGACACUGUAAUGGCUUACAGUGUCAUUGAAAUGAGCCUCAGCAGUGAUGGCUAUUUUGAUUUGUGCACUGAGCCGAGUGGGAUUGAGGAUGAUGACAUUCCUCAGAAUAACUUACCCGGUUCCACAGAGGUGGAUGGUCUGUUGAAACAAGAGAUUCAGGAGGGAUCUCCACUUAGUAACCUGAAGAAAGCACUUGCAGAUGCUCAGACUAGGUUUUGUUCACUGGAUGAUCUGUCUGAUGAGUGUCAUUCCUCCUUACUGAUAUUGUUGAGACAAAUUCUGUUGGAUCGAUCCAUCCUAUCAGCUUUGAUGGAUAGGCUCGAGGUGCUAAGCAUUGAUGAAGCUCCAUGCUUCUUCAAGGAUGAGCUGUCUGAGGAACAGAGCAAGAUCAUUAGUGCAUUUUUAGACUUGCUGAAGUGUGAAGCAUUUGAGAAUGGUUGUCACACAGCCGUAUUCCAUCCGAAUGGAAGUUCAUCAAAAGCAACCAAGCAAAGCACACAAGUUCUGAUUGCCAUGCAUAUGCUGAUCAGUGGUAUUGAGGAACUGACAGAUGAUGGACUGGACUUGCUAGGACAUUUCUGUACUUCUGAAGGCCUGAAAAGUCUAAAAGAUUUGACAAAUCAUCUGACUGCUAACUGCAGGCCGCUCUGCAAGGACAUCAUCCCUGUUUUCUUACAAAAGGAGGAUGAAUUCCACAGAGCGGAGGAACUAUUUAAAUCAUGCAAUGUUUUGUUAAGGAAAAAAGAUAACGUACUGUCUGCAGAAAUAAGUUCUGGAGAAGGAUUCCUCCCGCUGGUAUUGUGUAUAGCCAUACACGGUCUUGCGUCUUUAGUAAGAUUUAGUGAUGGCGGAUGUGUUAAAAUGGAGAAUGUAUGAAAU